CCAACGGUCGCGCGGGUGACGGUUGGGGAAAGCAGCGAUUUCGAGACUAGCCAGGGAAACCUUAGCCAUGCGCCCCGCCCUCGGAGCCCGACUCUCCAAAGCCUGGGAUUAGGGGCCUGGAGGCUGGCACCACACCCUGGCCAGGUGUUCAUAACUGGACCAGGUGCGCAGCUGCCCCGCCCUGGUCCCCGGGAGCCCGAAUAAUGGCUGAGAGUCCCAGGAACAGGCCUUGGCGGCGGCCUAAACAAUACCCCGAGGGCGCCCGCACUGGCAGGUGUUUCCCCCCCUCCUCCUCAGGGACUGUCGCUGGAGGCCUGGGGCGGCCGGGCGACAGGUGCUGACACCCCGCUUGGGGAGACAGGCUCCGUAUUGGCCCACUGUGCCGGCCAAGGUGCGCGGUGCCCUCCGGGACGCAGGGGGCGCUGUGGCCGCUUUGAGACAGGCGACUCUGCCCCAACGACCGGGUCACUCCGCGCCAUUGCAGCCAUGGCCACUGCUCUAGGAUUUCGCUGCCUUUACCGAACGCGACCCGCGCCGCUCUGUCGGCACGUCGAUCGGCUGUGGAGGAACCCGCGGCGGGGACACCGCCUCUCUCCUGCGGACGAUGAGUUAUACCAGCGGACGCGCAUCUCUCUGCUGCAAAACGAGUUCCCUCAGGCCAUAUACAUCGACAGCUACAGCAGCAGAGGUUUCACCAUCAGCGGAAACCGCGUGUUUGGCCCUUGCGCGCUGCUCCCGCAGACGGUGGUCCAGUGGAACGUGGGAUGUCAUCAGGAUAUCACUGAAGAGAGCUUCUCCCUUUUCUGGAUGCUGGAACCUAGGAUAGAGAUUGUCGUGGUCGGCACCGGAAACAAGACUGAGCGGCUGCACUCUCAAGUACUCCAGGCCAUGAGGCAGCGGGGGAUUGCUGUGGAGGUUCAGGACACGCCAAAUGCCUGUGCCACUUACAACUUCCUGUGCCAUGAAGGUCGAGUGACAGGAGCUGCCCUCAUCCCCCCGCCUGGAGAGACUGCACUCACUUCUUUGGGUCAAGCCUCAGAAUGAAACAUCAGCAACUGUCGAGGGCACUGUGCAUGGAUGGUUCCCCAGUGCUUGCUUUCUUACUCUGUCUGUCUUUUGGCAUACCAUGUUUACCCAGGAUAAUUUAUAUGCCUCUUAUAUUA